AAAACCCAAUAAUUAGGACAAUCAAAUUUACUAAACGUGCCCAUAUACAUGUUAACCAUGCAUACAUGAAUCGAUAUCUUUCCAAUUAUCGUAUAUCUUCAGAUAGUGCAGUCGUUUUUCCAUUCAAGUUCGAUUAGAAAUGUUAUGGUCCAAGAUGAAACUUAAAGUAUCUAUUUUAUUACUUUUCUGUUUGGUCAAUGUAGCUAUAACAUCUAAUUUUGAUGAUGUGUCUGAUAACGAUUUCGCCGAAUUCGAGAAUUUCGAAGCAGAGGAUGAGGCCGUUGUUGAAAAUGAGGAUCCUGUGGUGGAAAUUUCUACUGAGAAAAUAAAAGCUGCAACUUUCCUUGAGGAAGACGAGCAAGAAGCUGUCGUUGAUAAUGAUGAGUCUGAAUUCGAACAUUUCAACGAUGUCGAGGAGUUUGAAGGUUUCGAGGAAGUUAAAGAGGAAAAGGUAGCUUCGUCAGAACCAAAAAUUACCAUUACCAAUGUGCCAAUACACUUACGAGCUAACUGGGACAGCUAUUGGUUGGAAAUCUUGAUGAUUGCUGGUUUGGUGGUGUAUUUCAUCAAUUUUGCAAUGGGAAAAAGCAAAAACAAUAAAAUUGCUAAUGUAUGGCUUCAGACUCAUAGGACCAUUUUGGAAGAUAAUUUUUCAUUAGUUGGGGACGAUCCUUCAUCCCUUGAAAGAGGGGAACAAGCCGGAAUGAUUAAAGAGAGCGAGAAUGUUUUCACUUUAUGGUGUAGUGGUAGGACAUGCUGUGAAGGAAUGCUAGUUGAACUUAAACUGAUCAAGAGACAAGAUUUGGUGGCAAUCAUGGCCGGUAUUGUGAGGCCUGUGAUCGAUCAGAUCCAUAUAAAAGUAACGAUGAACAAAGAAGAUAUGGACAGUUUCGUAUUCUGUGUGGCUUCUAAAAAAACUGCACUCCAUCUCUCCAAAGACAUGGCGGACAUCAGUACUUUCUGUCCAGAUCGUAGAUUAGGAGAAAAGUUCAACAUCCCACCUAAUUUUAAUGUCAUGAGUGAAAUCGCCGAAGCUACUUCUUCCAUAUUAGAUUCUAAGAUAACAGCCGUAUUGAACAAAUAUGGAGAUAUGGUGGAUUAUAUCCACUUUUCCGACCAAUUUACUGGUCCCAAACAGACUGAAGAGAAUGCUUCUCUGAAGCUGCCAGAGACUGAAAAGGUAUUAUUAUUCGGGUUCAACUUGAAGCUGAAGGGUAAAUCAUUAGAGAGUGCCAUGAAAGAACUGGAGCCUCUGAUGGUGAUGGUAUUUUAUUGCAUAGAAAAAAUCAAGAGAUACAGACUUUCCAAAGAAGGAAAAACGAAGGCCGACAAAAACCGUCAACGGGUAGAAGAACUCUUCCUGAAGUCGACCCAUCAGGCCCGUGCUGAAGCUGCGGCAGCUAAGAGAGAGGAGAAACGGAGGCAAGAAAAAGAGAGGAUCAUGGCUGAAGAGGACCCAGAGCGUCAGAGACGUUGGGAAGAGAAAGAAAACAAGAGGCAGGCGAAAAAGAGAGCGCCAAAAAUGAAGCAAUUGAAAGUUAAAGCAAUGUAAAAUUCAUUAAUGAUUUUUUUGAUGUGACUGCGCUUACUUAUCGAAUAGGGUUGAGAUUUGAUUUAAUUUGUUUUUGGUGAAGAGAAUUAUUGAAUGUAGAGGUUCGAAAUAUGUUGGAAGUGUCAUGUAGAGGGAGAUGUAUUAAAGCAAUCAGUAUAUUGA